AUGAAAACCAGGAAAUAACUAUUUUCCACUCCACUCAUCGAAACGAUGGAGCAAACCCGUCAAAAAACAUUCACUUGUCAGUUGUGUGGUUUAACAAGCCCGUAUUCUCACUAUGGACAGAAACCACCAAACACUAGAGCCAUUGUUUUGCUGGAGGAGUGUUACGUGACAAAGGAUCCCUUCAGUCCAGACAAAGAGAAGUUUCUGGUCCUGGGAUCAACGUGCAGCCUGUGCAGCAUGUGUGUCUGUGUAGGAUCGGACUGCAGUCUUUUCUACACAAAGAGGUUCUGCAUGCAGUGUGUGAACAAGCACUUGGACCAGUUCCCUCAUCAGAUUCAGACUGAGCUGGCCAAGAAGAAGGAGAGGUCCAAGGCUGCCGUCUCAUGAAAUCGGGCAAGAUGACCACAACCUACUCAGGUGUCUAGGACCUUAAUAGCUUUUGUCAAUAUGUUUGUUUUUUACCAACACGAGCCAAACCUUUAAAAUACACCACACAUACUAAAAACAACAUCCAGUUCUUUAUCAGUAUUGCUCUGUGUUUUUUAUUGUGGUAAAAAUGUAGCAUACAUCCAACAUUAUUAUUAUUAUUAUUAUUAUUAUUAAUAAUAAUAUUAUUAAUAAUAAUAAUAAUAAUAAUAAUAAUACAUGCCUGUUCCCAGGUUGUUAAAGUGCUGCAUUAGCCAACCAGGUUUAAUUAGUUUAUCGUAGCGUUUCAUAGAAGGUAAAAACAGCAGGUGUGUGUAGUGUUGCGCAUGCAGGCUCAGAUUCAGACCGUCCACAUUAAAAUUGGCUGAAAGUGGAUUGAUGGACAUUUCAACCUAGCACCCAAGCACACAUUUUCUAUAUAAAGCAACCUAUCAGGUCAGGUUUAACAUAUUUAAAUUACAGUUAAUAAAUAACAUGUUCAUGUUGUAAACACCAUGAAAAAUAUUAUGGAUAUAAGGUUCAGAGGAGCAAUGUGGAAGCGACAGCAUUAUCCCAAAUUCAGCUGCUUGUCAGGCUGAUUCCCAUUUUCAUGGUUGUUGAAGUGGAAAAGAAAUAAUUAUUAAAUCUCCCGCAAUUUGUUUAUUGUGCUUCAUGAAAAAUGCCUGUUUCACAAUUCUUAAUGUGCCUUUUUUAUGACAGAACACAGUUUUAUUGCUUUUCAGCAACAUAUGGAAGUGGUAAUAACAUUUAUGACACAUCCUCUCUAACAAUAGACACAUGUACGUGUUGACAGCGACAUAUCCUUUGUAAAGCUGCAUUACUGCUCUCCCUUUGAUUUCUUUGUUCAUGGGCAAAGUGAACUGUUGACUCCCGUGGAGUCCCUUGAAACCAUAAAAAAAACCAACAACACACAAAGCGACUGUUCUGUUUUGUGACUUUUUUAAUUAUGAACCAUAAAUAGUGUGUGUUAUGUUCAUUUUAUUGUAGUUGCAAUACUCACUCUGCUACAUUUAGCAAAAA